AUGACCCGCGCGCGGAUAAAAGUCCCGAGUCGGGCAGUCACCGAGUGGUGUCGUCUGGUGCCGUGCCAAAUCUCGGUUGUUGCUGCCCUUGCGAUGGAGACCACGAGGGCUUUGUUUGCGGUCUUGGGGUGCCUGUGUCUUGCCUCUGCCGCAGUGGCCGCCUCCGCCACGGUGAGUGUGGUGUGUGACGAGGCGACGCUCACGCUGACCGUGAGCAGGGACCUGUUCGGCACGGGUCACCUGGCCCAGGAGGGUGACCUGUCCCUGGGAGUGCCAGCCUGCCCCGUCACUGGGAGCGACGCCCUUGCUGGGACGGUGACGUUCCUCUACGCACUGGAAAGCUGUGGCAGCAGCCUCCAGCGCAAAGACUACAAUUUUGCGUUCUGGUGCUCGAGCCAGACCACUGCGUCGGGAGCAGCCGCGUAUGAGUGCAGAGCUGCUGUCUUACGAAACUACCUCUACUACCGCCCCACGUCCAACACGGGCAUUAUCCGCACAAACUACGUCGCCGUGCCGGUCGUUUGCCGCUAUCCCAGGAAGGGGAACGUGUCCAGCAAUGCCAUCAAACCCACAUGGAUUCCCUUCAGCAGCGCCAAGGUUAUGCAGCAGCAGCUGAGCUUCACGCUGAGGCUCAUGACCGACGACUGGAGUGUGGCGCGACCUUCCACCGUAUACCAGCUGGGCCAGACUCUGCAUGUCGAGGCGAGCGUGCAGACACUGAACCACGUUCCACUCCGGAUCUUCGUGGUCGGCUGCUUUGCAACCCCGGUUCCGGACAGGAACUCUCCCCUCGGCUACCAAUUAAUUUCUAACUCUGGGUGUCUGGUGGAUGGCAAAGUCUCGUAUGAUACUCACCUUACUUCUGGCUUCCUGCUCCGGCAAAGUGACAACAUCCUUCGCUUCUUCAUAGAUUCCUUCCGCUUCCUUGCGACGUUGACCAACAAUGGCGAUCAGGUUUUCAUCUUCUGCCAGCUGAAGGUUGCAGAUGUUGCUACAUCUCCAACGACCGUUAAUAAAGCUUGCACCUACAGCCCCUUGGCUGCAUACAG